AUGAAAAAUAUACAAUUCUAUAUACCCCCUCUCAGUCUAGGGGAUGAUAUCAAUAAAAUUAGACUGGAUUUUACAGCGUGUUACACUGUAUUUUAUCCAGACAAAAAUGCAAUAUCUUCAUGGAAAAAAUAUGAUAUUCUUAAAGGUAAUGAUUUAAAUUUAAAAUUAACAACACUUUGGAAGAAUAAACAUCUAAAUCAUGAUUUUAUUAACAAACUAGGCCAAUUUAUUUCAUCAGCAGAGCUAUGGAAACAAUUAUAUCUUCGCCCCAUUAUUCUUCAAUCAAUUGACAAAGAAAAUGAUAUUACGCUAAACCUUUUACCAUCUGAAUCAUAUCCUAUAUUACAUUAUCCUAAAAGUAUUGCGGAAAAAACAUCUGAACAUUUAAAUAUCGUUUCUAGAUCUCUUGAUCGUAUUUCGAAAAGAUCUAUAUGCACUAGCUUACAAGGAAAACUUCAUUCAUUAAAAAAAAUCUCAUCACAAGAUUCAUGUUUUUUGACGCAAGAAUUAUGGAACACUGUCAAAAAAACAAUUCUUGUCAGAAAGACUAUUACAGAAUUUAAAUCGGCACUGAAUCCUGUUUAUUCAUCAAAAUCAUUACAAAAAAAUACGGAUAUUAAGCAUAAUACAGAUUUAUCAUUUUUUUCAAUAAAUAAUAAUGAUAGUAUAUCAUAUGAUAAUUUCUUAGAAACGAAAUUGUUACCAAUAUAUUCAAACAGUGAAGUUAAUUCUCAAAAUUUACUAUCAUAUCCUACAAUAAUUAAACAAAAAGAAAAUAGUCCAAAAACAUACGAUUCAUCAUGUAACCAAUUCUAUUGCAAAAAAAAUACAAAUAAAAGUAUAAGUAAUAAAAUCGAAACUAUUAUUUUAUCAGAUUCAUAA